CAAGGUAACGGAAAUCUAAAUACAAAAUAAACCGCCAGUGUUUUCUAAGUAUAUGUAAAAGACGAAAUUAAAUAUGUUUAGAGGAGAUAAUGCACAUUCAUUAAGUUAUGAGCAACAAGCAAAAUUUAUUCAAGACCGCAUCACAAAUGUUGAAAAGAAUUUUGGCGAGUUGUGUGUGGGUUUCGGAGAUUACACAAGAAAAACCGCUAAAUUACGUGAUAUGGGUGACGAACUAGCUAAAAUUUUAAAGGAAUACGCCAAUAAUGAAAUAGUAAACAAAUCGCUAAGUACUGGGCUUGAUAAUUUAUCAAUAACGCUUACUGCUAUAGAAGAAUACAGAAACUGUGAAGUUCAACGCUUGGAAGCUAAGGUGAUGGGGGAGCUGUGUCAAUAUGAAAGUAUUUGUAAGCACGCGAGGGAGGAGCUCAAGCACACGAUGAACGUGAGGGAAAAGGAAAUGGCGAGGAAAAAAGUUUUGGAUAAAGCCAAAGAACGACAACCGUUUAACAGACAACAAGUUACGUAUGCGGAAUCGGAGCUACUGAAAGCGACUGCUGAAAUGUCUCGAUCAGCGAAAGGUUUGAGUGAACAGACUGAGUUUUUCGAAAAGCGCAAACUGGCUCAGCUGAAAACGCUGCUAUCGGAUUUCGUGAGGAUUGAAAUGACGUUCCACGCGAAGGCAGUGGAAUUGCUGACCGUUGCGUUCCAGCAGAUUGCUGACAUCAAUGAUAGGGCGGAUUUGGAGCUUCUAAUGACAGGUCUUUCCAAUCAAGAGGAUGAUUCGAACUUUAAACGGAAACUACGAUCGCCGGAGAAGCAAGUCAGCACAGGAAUAUCUGUGAGGUCGUCUUCUCUGGCCUCCCUCAUGAACCCACAAUACUCUCCGGCAAGAGAUGAUGAAGACUCUAUGACUUUGGGAAGAUUAAGGUCGCCUGAUAAGAAUUUAUCAGCAAAAUCGAGAUCCGGUUCGCUGGGGGCGCUGAUGAAUCAUUCUUCGUCGAGGGAAGAGACCUCUGACUCUGACGGCUCUCGAGACCACAGCACCUCUGAAGAUACUGAAUCACGUUAA